AUGCUCAGCCGGUCCCUGUUGCGGCGGCUAUACCCCCGUACGGCGACUCGCUGCACCAAUUCGAGCUUUACAGCGAUCGUCACAUCACACCGACCCUUAAGCACCUUCUCGCGGGCCUCGUACAAGGCCAGCAACCAUCUUCCACCGCGUCCGACUCUGCCCGACGCCGAGAUCAAAGAGACCUACGUGAAGGGGACCGGGCCAGGCGGCCAGAAGAUCAACAAGACGAAUUCGGCCGCUCAGUUGACGCACAUCCCGACGGGCAUAGUCGUCAAGUGCCAGGCCACGCGGAGCAAGAGCCAGAAUUACACCAUCGCCAGGAGGCUUCUGGCUGAGAAGGUCGAAUUGCUGCAGAAGGGAGACGAGAGUCGGGCUGCCAAAGUGCUGGCGCGGAAGUCCAAGAAGAAGAGGAGCGCGGACAAGAAGAAGCGCAGGAAAUAUCGACAACUUUCCGGAGAGGUGGAAAAUAAGGAAGGCGAUGGCGACGAGAAUCAAGACUAUGAUGAUGAUGAUGAUGAUGAUGCGGACGAAGCUGGACCCGAAGACCUUAGGGUCGAUACCUUGAAUGAGCCCGAGAAUGGUGGCGACAGCGGCAGCGGCACCAGCAACGCGCCAAAGGGAUGA